UAUCUAGAGAGACACCCUCCAGUGUAUUCUAUAUAAAGAGUUAAUUAUAACUUACUUAUGCUCAUUCAAAUCUCAAAACCUUAUUUACAACAUAUCAUCAAAAUCCAAAAUGCAGGCCGCUGUUCUUAGCAUUGCUGUUCCUUCCCUUCUUCCCAGCUCAACACUUUCCAAUAGUAGCCAUUCUCAUUUCCCUUUCAUCACAUUUGGUUCUAACUCAUCACGUCCCUCGGCCAUCAAAGCAACCGCCUCGGUCGUCUAUGACACAUCUGUAGUUGAUUAUAGCUCUGCUAUCUCGGUGUUUCCAGCAGAAGCAUGUGAGACAAUAGGUGGAGAGGCAUGUUGUUGGGCAAAUAUGUUUCCAGAAGUAAGGCUUCAGCCUUCACUUAACAAUAAUCAAAACCCCGCCGUUGCAAAUUUGGAGGAGAUUGAUAGAGAGUAUCUUGAUUAUGCCGCCGAUUCAAAGACUGUUUUCCGAGGAGAGGCUUGCGAUGAUCUUGGUGGAGAAUUCUGUGAAGCUGAGUUCCUAAAUGGGGUUUUCUAGUCUUUUUAUUUCAUAACAAGCACAAAAAUAAAAUACUAGAGGCUUCUUAGUUGUUGUUUGAUUAGCCCCCAUAUGCCCAUAUCAUAGCUUCUCUAAUUGUAACUUAAAGUCUGUAACAUCCUUUUCACUAUUCUCUAUAAAUAAUAAUGCUUAAAUGUUUUAGCUA